UGCUGCUGGUCUGGGUUGUUGUCACUGCAGUACCGCUGGAGGUGUGAUGGGUCAUCUGAAGUCAUGUUUCCCGGUGUCCUGUACGCGCUGCUGGCCGGUUUUCUCGGUGCCGUUGCUUCCUCGUCCGCCAAACUGUCACUGGGCACCGACUAUCUGAAGGGCGUGUGUGAGACGGGCAUGCGCACGUGGGGCGAGCAGAGAAAAUUCACGCAACAUAGUGACACGAGCGCGUGCGACUGGCUGCACAUCCCUCUGCGUCUGCUGUGCGGCGGGCUGCUGUUCACCUGUAACGCCGUCAUGUGGACGUUUCUGGCCAAAGCGCUGCGGAGCUCGUGUUCGUCCGCUCGCACCACUGUGACCACCACCGCAUCCAACCUCAUCUCCUCCGCGUUUCUGGGUCAGCUGAUCUUCGGAGAGACUCACGUGGCUCUGUGGUGGGUGGGAAUCUCUCUGACGCUCUCUGGACUCCUGGUGCUUCAUCACACGUCACCACACCUCACACAGACACACACGCACAAGAGGGAAUGAGUGACACGCGCACACAUCUAAUGAGGGUCCAACUGAUCUAAGACCUGACACUGAAUUCACUUCCUUUUCUUUCAUUGCACAGAGAACACUAAGAGUUUGACUUGUUUUAAAGGAUAUACUGUCAUGCCAAAGAUCCACCAUAUAUGAAAUAAUGACCUACAGAAUUAUUUAUAUUUAUUAUUCAGUAUUAAAAAUUGCACAUUACAGACUCAUUAUAUAUAUAUUAAAAUAUUAAUGAUGAUUUAACAUGAAAAUAUAAACUAGAGAUUCUUCUAAAAUAUGAAAUCAUUCAUUUAUAUUUCAUGUUCAAAUAUUAAAGAUACAUGAAAAAAAUCUACAAAGUCGUCGCUGUUGGAUGAAUCUCAGAUUGAACAUGUCCGGCUCAUAUUUAGACUCAAGAUAUGAAAUAAAGGCUUUGAUUACAAGAUAAAUAAGAAAGAAAAAUAAUGGCAAAAAUAAAGCGCAGAACAAUUUUGCUGACAAGAUGAUGUGACAGCAUUAUUUAUGACAACACAUUACAAUAAACAUUUAUUAGUUAGCAUGAGCUAAUAAUGAGCAUUGUAUAUAUGAGCAGUAUCACACGAGCAGCAGUACGAUGUGGCUGUAUAUCGGAAAUUGAAAACAGAAAUUGUGGAAGAAAAUAAUA